CCCUCAGCUGUUUUGAGAGGGUUCAUAGAAUCAUGCUUAUUUUUUAUUUAUUUUGAAACCAUUAACAAUGUAGUAUGGUAGUUGUAAGAGUAUAUUCGAUUAAUUAGUAUAUCAAAAAAGACAGGGGAUCAUGCAUAAUGUUAACGGGAACUGGUAAACCUACAGAAUAAAGGCAUUGGAAAGUUUCCUCAUAAUUGAGGCGCUCAUGGGGAGUUUUGUACUGGUGUGCCUUCGUUCCUGGAAGAGGACAGACUAGUUGGUUAGUGCGAGGAGUGUGCUUUGCCUGUCAUCGGUAUUGCCUUGUCCCUAUCUACAGAGACACUCGGGCUGUAAUUGUGUCCGCUAGAAGGGCAUUACGAGCCUGGCCGUAACGUUAGCUGAAACUUGACGCCGUCGAUCCCGGUUGUUGUUGUUCUGUGGAGUAGGUUUAUAUGACAUUAUAUUCCGAUUACCGUCCAAAUCGGAACGAUCAGAGAAACAGAAGGCUAGGAUUAAACACAGGGGAGAAAUUGGGUGAAAGAGCGCUUGCUCUGAGCGCUGCAGAAUCGCAGUAGGCUACAUUGUAUCAAGUAGUUGUUGCUGAUAACGCGAUACAGUGUUACUUUACUGAAAUACCAGCGGGAGACGAUUCAGGAAUUUAUUGUAUUCGAAGUUUUUCGCCAAGCCGUUUGCAGUUGUCAAGGCCAUUUGUGGUGAUCCCGGUGCAGUGACUUUCCUGUGUCGUCUCUCUGCUCUGUAUGUCCCCUGGCCACCCCCGGCCUAUCAUAGAGACGCUGAGCUCAGGGACUGCGCUGUUGUAGGACCCCAUGGCUCUGGGCCUUCCAUCCUCCUCCAUGGGGCCUUGGUCACGGCUGGCUGAGCGGCUGCUGCUGGGACCAUUGCUGGUCCUGCUGCUGUCUGGGCUGGGCAUGGCCCUUGGUCAGAGGGUUUACACCAACACAUGGGCCGUCCACAUCGCUGGAGGACCAGACGAGGCUGACCGCAUUGCCAGUAAACAUGGCUUCGUCAACCAUGGCAAUGUAUUUGGUGACAUCUAUCACUUCCGGCACCGUUCUGUGGAGAAGAGGUCUCUGUCGGAUCACCGAGGGACGCACGUCCAUCUACAAAAAGAGCCUCAGGUGACGUGGGCAGAACAGCAGGUGGUGAAGAGUAGGAAGAAGAGGGACAUCUACACAGAGCCCUCAGACCCCAAGUUUACCCAGCAGUGGUACCUGUACAAUACUAAUCAUCGUGACCUGAAUGCUAAAGGUGCAUGGGAGCUGGGCUACACUGGGAAGGGAGUGGUGGUGUCCAUCCUGGACGAUGGUAUAGAGAAGAACCACCCAGACCUUAUAUCAAACUAUGACCCAGACGCCAGCUAUGAUGUGAAUGACGGAGAUCCAGACCCUCAGCCACGAUACACACAACUCAACGACAACCGGCAUGGGACUCGGUGUGCAGGUGAGGUGGCAGCGAUGGCCAACAAUGGGAUCUGUGGAGUCGGGGUGGCCUACAACGCCAAGAUUGGAGGAGUGCGUAUGCUGGACGGCGAGGUGACCGACGUGGUGGAGGCCCAGUCUCUCAGUCUGAACCCACAGCACAUCCACAUCUACAGUGCCAGCUGGGGCCCCGAGGAUGAUGGGAAGACGGUGGAUGGGCCCGCUAAGCUCGCCAAGGAGGCCUUUCUGCGCGGAGUGACCGAGGGUCGUGGGGGCCUGGGCUCCAUCUUUGUGUGGGCGUCAGGGAACGGCGGGCGUGAGAAGGACAGCUGUAACUGUGACGGCUACACCAACAGCAUCUACACCCUGUCCAUCAGCAGCUCCACCCAGAACGGUAACGUGCCCUGGUACAGCGAGGCCUGCUCCUCCACCCUCGCCACAACCUACAGCUCUGGCAACCUCAACGAGAAACAGAUAGUGACAACGGACCUCAGACAGAAGUGUACUGACACCCACACAGGCACCUCCGCCUCGGCUCCACUGGCUGCUGGGAUCAUCGCCCUCGCACUGGAAGCCAAUAAAAACCUGACAUGGAGGGACAUGCAGCACUUGGUCGUGAGGACCUCUUAUCCCGCCCACCUCCUCACCAACGACUGGAAUACCAAUGGGGUCGGCCGAAAAGUGAGCCACUCAUAUGGGUAUGGUCUGCUUGAUGCCAGUGCGAUCGUGGCUCUGGCUGAGAACUGGACCAACGUUGGGCCCCAGAAAAAAUGUGUGCUGUCCAUGGUGGCAGAGCCCAGGAACAUUGGGAGCCACCUGCUGAUCACCAAGACAGUGGACGGUUGUGUUGGGACAGCCAACCAUGUGAGCUCCCUAGAACAUGCCCAGGCCCAGCUCACCCUCUCCUACAACCGCAGGGGCAACCUGGGCAUCUACCUGACCAGCCCACAGGGCACCCGCUCCACACUGCUCGCUCCCAGGCCUCAUGACUACUCAUCAGAGGGCUUUAAUGACUGGGCUUUCAUGACCACACACUCCUGGGACGAGGACCCCCGGGGGGAGUGGACCCUGGAGAUGGUAAACGUGGCAGGGGCCAGCGACUAUGGCACUCUGACUCAGUUCACCCUGGUGCUGUAUGGUACAGGCUCAGACUCUCCCAGCUCCACAGCCAAGGACCUCUCUCAGUCCAGUAACGGCAGCUGUAAGACUUUUGACCUACAGCAGAUCUGCAUUGAGUGCAAUGGUGGCUACUACCUCUUCCAGCAGGGCUGUGUGAGGGACUGUCCAGCCGGCUACACCGCAGGCUCCCAGCUCCUCAAUUACACCAUGGGGAACUCUGUGGAUCCAGCCUCGGUCCCCUCCUGCCUGCCCUGCCAACCCCCCUGCCUGACCUGCAGCGGCCUCAGCCCCAGCGCCUGCCUCUCCUGCCCCCCUCACAGCCACCUGGACCCUGUGUCCAGCACCUGCCUGCACCUCAACCAGAUCCAGAGGGAGUCCCCUGGCAACUUCAUGGUGGGCCAGGGCAACGCCGGUCCCCGCCCAGAGCUCAGCUCCCGCCUGCCCGUCACCAUCGCCGUGCUCAGCUGCAUGAUCAUCAUGGCCACCUUCGCUGGGGUGUUCGUUCUACUGCAGCUGAGAUCUGGAGUCCUGGCCAAACUGCCCUCACUGGAGGAGGCCGGCUCAGGCCUGAGGGGGGGCUUCGGCCUGGGGGGCAGCAGCAGAAUGGUGUUGUACCGCGGUAUCCCUACAGUGUGGGGCGACGAAGGGGUGAACACUGACUCCGACAACGAUGAGUUUGACGUACACAAUGAGAAGACUGCCUUUAUCAAAACACAAAGUGCUCUUUAACCCCCUCCUGUCUUCGUAUUCCUGCUUUCUACAGCCUCUCCCCCAAUCACUCUGAGUCGUCUAAUUCUGGGCUCCCUGUCCUCCUCAUGGUCCCCUCUGGUUUCUCUUUCCCUGUUUCGCUCCCUCAUUCUUCCUCUCAUCGGGUUUCAUCCUCCAGGUUUAGUGUUCCACUCUGUAGUGGGUGACCUGAUGGGAGACUGGAGUCACGCGGAACAGGGAUGGCCUGGGCGUGCUCAGCGCUCGCUUCACACUCGGGUGCUUUUCUAUUAAACUGUCUCUCUGUGUCCUUUCGCCCUCAAUCACCAUCAGACAGAGUGUUUUCUGAACACAGACCAUUUCCCGGACGGCUCCAGGGUUUCCCUGUCACAAUAAACAAACCAUUAUUGUUUGCUCUCUUUUUUUUUUCUUUCUCCAGUUCCAGUGCAGUAGCCGGAUGAGAUUGUAAAUAGGGGGUACACAGCUGUGUGUGUGUGUGUGUGUGUGUGUGCUGAGUAGACAGCGAGAUCGGGGUAGGGUCAGAUUCUGAGAAGCCACAGCUUGAGUCCUCAUAGUCCCAGUGUUUUGGUGAAUCAGCCCCAGACUCUCCCAGAGCUACUGAGUGUGUCCAUGCUGCAGUAUGAGACUGUAUCUCUCAGCUCUGGCUGGAUACAAGGCUAUGAGUCAUGAGACUAGCAACACUCACUCUACCCCCAGCAUGGAAUUCAGGAGGCGUUCUGCUUAUUCCGAGCGGUUUAGGAAUGCUGGAUUCAUGUGAUUCUGAGGGUUAUAUAAAGUCCCCUGACCUCCGCCCAUCUCUGUUCUCCAGAUCCCCAAAGAUAGGUCAGCAGUUCACCCAGCUACGCCUCCACACUUUACUGGGCCUCAGAAUUUACACCAAAAUAAUAUUGCCUCUAUGAUUGAAACCCCAUUCCCCCCCCAAAAAGUACCUAUGAAUAAUUAAAUUGGCUUUCCACUUAAGUCUUAUAAUUGCUCAGCUACUGAGGGUGAAAGUGGUAGUGAGAUGUAUUGUGGAUGGGGCUCAGUACUGUAGAAGUGACUUUUUAACACAACGGUUCCUGUGGGCUUCUCUGAGCAGCUAUACAGGUAGUGAGAGGAGUGUGUGAUAGAGAGAAGGGUUUUACGCACUGCAGAGGAGAGAGAAGAACAAAGUCUGGCCAUGAUUACCAGACGAGGCACUCCACUCUCCCUACUCUGCUGCUCUUUUUAAUGCUGUUCAUCACACACACUUAGCACUAUGUUGGUCUUACACACACCCUACCUCAUUUCAGUAAGGUAUAUGUGUGUCUGAGUGUGUGCUGGCCAAGCGUGUGAGCAGGUGUCCAGUUGAGCAAAAGGAAGGAAUGAGCACAUUAGGAAUACUAAGGAUGUGGUUGUGUUUGUAGGCUGAGUUAUGAUACUGGUUGGCCUGUGUAGUUUCCCUGUCUGCUGUUCUUUAAAGAACUGCCUAUGUUAAAGAAUUGAGGUUGGCUAUAAUAAGAGAACUUUUUUUUAACAUCUUUUAUCUGUCAUUGAGACUUAUCACAGCUUCUUUCCACUCGCCCUCCAGUCGUCAUCAGGGAUGUCGAUGCAAACUAGAGAUAAUCUGUUUCAUAUACUUGCCAAUGAAUUAUAUCCUGAACGACACUACAGCUCAGAUGUGUUCCAAAGGAGGUUUUUUUUUCUACUCAUACUGUAUCUUUAUUGAAAAACUUUUAAGUGAAUUUUUGGCUGCAUAUCUUCCUUGUACAAUCUGUACCUCAUUAAUUCAUCCAUUGGACAAAUAUUGGAUCCAUCCAUCUUUUUUUUUCUAUUUUUAUGUUGAAGUUAUUUUUCAUUUCCAGCAGAUAAUAGGGGGCUUCACUGAGAGGGGUUGUCACAGUGACAACGUGCAUAAAAGAUUGAUGCAGCUGCUCAUCCCGUCCUCUCACUCAGAUCACACAGCAACGGCAGCAGAGUAUAUGUGUUCCAUAGCAAUGAUGAAGGAUUAUAUAGGUCAAAGGGGAAAGCUUUUCAGAGAAGGAUAUUUCUUUUGAACCGUAGGAGUUUUCCUUACACUGAUUUACACUUCUACAGUAAAAAUAAGACUGAAAUGUCUUUAUCUACAGUGCCAGGGCUGUAGGGCUGCAGUCUCUCUCCUUUUUUCUCUCUCUCCUCCCCUACUCUGUCUUGGCACAACUUAAAUGUAAUUUAAUAUAUCCUUAUUUAUGCCCUCUGAAUAUAUAGUUUUCAGGAUAGUUUUUUAAGGGGGGGGGGUGAUUCCUGUGCUUUAAAUCUUAUGUAAUUAAAAACAUUGCUGAGGAAGACAGUCUUCCAUACACAGAAUGGGGAGUUGCUAUCCUCUGAGUGCAAAGUAAUGACGGCCAACUUUGUGCAAAAUAUGUAAUUACUACAACGCUGGAAUAGUGUGCCGGCUGAUGUAAGGUGCUGUCAUUGAUAAUGUGUUCCCUUAAAAUUAAGUAACUGAUAAAUCCUAAGAGAUUUUUCUUCCUACCAGAAUUAUAGUUGAGCAAUCAUAUAGCAAUCAUUUUAAUGCCCCCCCCGUUUACAUUGUUUCCUCUAAAUUGGUCACUUCUGAAUGUGGAAAUCUAUAUUACAUUUUAACAGUAUGUCUAAGGAAAAAGACAGCUGCUGGGAAGGAGGUUGCACCCCUUGCAGUGCAGCCUCAAUACUACAGCUGACUGCAGCAGAGAUUCUGGCUUUACCAAAGACAGGGCAAUUUAGAGUUGUGUUCAGUACAGUUCUGCUCCAUAUUGCUGAGCCUGAGUUGGGGAGAUGAUGCAAUCUGAGGUUUUCUAUAUGCAUUGAUUCAUAGAUCAGAUUAAUGUCUUUUUUUAAUCUCUUUCUGUUUUUUAAUGCAGCGAGACCUUUCCCUCUCCACCCCCUGCUUGGUGACAGUGGUGGAGCAGAGACAUUCUGUAUGCUGAGAUACAGUGUUGGAUAUGGAGGGAGCAGAUUGAGAAUGUAUCUUAUCCCCAUACACUAAAGGGCUGAAUGAGGCUGUGUGUGUGUGUGUGUGUGUGUGUGUGUGUGUGUGUGUGUGUGUGUGUGUGUGUGUGUGUGUGUGUGUGUGUGUGUGUGUGUGUGUGUGUGUGUGUGUGUGUGUGAGAUAACUACAGAAGAAACACACUCAUGGGGGUUAAACAGAGCUCUGGACAUAUGGCCCAUCCAGCUCUGUCCACCUCUCCACACCUCUCCUUAUGAAGUCUUUGGCCUGGGGCUACAUAUAGUACCUUACAGAAACAGUGACCUAUGAAUAAUGUAAAAGAAUAACUACCUUAGAUGGGACAUAACUCUAAAAUAAGGCCUAUUUUUGUACUAUAUAUAUAUGGUGCAGUGUAAUGUUCUUGUAAUUUAAAGAUUUUUUUUGCUCUUGUUAAAUUUGUCCUUUUUAUUUAAUUGAUAGAUUCUACGAAAAAUAAAGAUCUAUGCAAACUUCA